CUGUGAGCAGAGCGGCCAAUGUAACUUGUCCCUUCGCCUUCAGAGGCCUUUUUAUUGCUGGCUUCGUCUUACCCAGAUACCCAGUUCCCAUCCCUCCCCUAUUUAAUUUUUUGUUGGCUGGGUAAUUCAUGCAGAUGGUACAAAACUCAAAUGAUAUGGGAGGAAGUCCAGGGAAAACUGAUUUCUGUCUCUACUUCCCCUCCCCUGGCUUCCCAGUCUCCUCCCCAGUGGCACCAUCUCUGCCCAUUUCUGUGUCUCUUUGCAGAGACUGGAUGUCCUUUAAUGUCCCCAGGUGCCACCCCCACCCCACCCCAUGUCAUCCCACACACUGCACUCCCGUCCUGACUUUUCUUGUCUCUUGCCUUUUCGGACCCCUUGCUGUGGGGACCUGUUAGGCUGGUUUGUUCCCAGGUGCUGAGAGCUGAUGGCAACACCUCUGCCAAGAGUUUUAUACUUAGAAGGGAGAUGCUUAGAAAAAAAGGAAUCUGUGAUGGUAGAGCAUGGGGCCUUCAGGGGGGAGUGGGGGAGCAGAGCUUGUAUCUGUGGGUUCAGAUCGGUGCCUUGAGCUUCAGGGUUAGCCCUGGCGAGGAGGCCUGUGUGCCUCCCAUCACAGCCUGUGAGGGCAGCGCUGGCUCUCAGGUUCACGCAGGUCCAGUCCAAGUACCACGCUGCGCUUACAGCUCAUCUCUCCCAUGUCCUGGUCUGGGGUGGGGCCCAUCGUCCGUGUUUUACGCACAGUUUGGUGGUAUCUUCAUAGCUCUCAGAAGGUGGUGUGGUUCCAGCGUGGCACAUGGGGUGACAGUCCGUGUCGUGACAGAGGAGGGACGUCAUGGAAGAAAAGCCUCUCAUCCUUGGGGCCUUCUGGGCUCAUUCUGGAAACUUUUUUCUGCCUCUGAAGAUGCAAAGUGAAUGAUCAAGACGCACUGCACUGUGGGAAUCAUCUCCACCAAAAGCUGAAAGAAAUGAUGCCGUAGGGCCCCCUGGGCCAUCCCGGAGGAGUCGAUCCCAGCGGCCAGUGGCUCCCAAGCAGCGCUCAUGUGCCCAGCAGGCUCCCGGUCUGCCUCGGGCUCCUGCUGACGCACCUGGGAACCCCAUCCCCCUACCUCCCCACCCGACAUCCUGCUCCGCAACCUCCAGCCUGAGCCAUGGAGGCCCCUGAGGUCCCCGUGGGCUCGCUAAUUGACUUUGGGGCCAAGCCCUCUGUCUCCUCGCCUCUGGAGGCGCCCCCGAAGCUGCAGGAUGGGGACAGCUCCCCAGGAGAGGGCGCCUCGGAGAGCGAGACCACGGAGUCGGCAGACAGCGAGAACGACAUGGGCGAGUCGCCCUCUCACCCGUCCUGGGGCCAGUACCGCCGCUCCUCCUCCAACGAGUCCUUCUCCUCCAACCAGAGCGCCGACUCGGCCAAGGACGAGGAACUGCCGGAGCUCCGCGACUUCAUGCGCAGCUACGUGGAGAAGAUCUUCUCUGGAGGGGAGGACUUGGACCAGGAGGAGAAAGCCAAGUUUGGGGAAUACUGCAGCAGUGAGAACGGGAAAGGCCGGGAAUGGUUUGCCCGGUAUGUGAGCGCCCAGCGCUGCAACUCCAAGUGCGUCUCGGAGCCCACCUUCUACCGCCUGGUGCAGUCCUUCGCGGUGGUCCUGUUUGAGUAAGUGAUGCUGCGGCUCAGCGCCUCCGUCCUAACUGCUCAUCUUUCCUCCCCGCCCCCCCGAGAGACCCCAGCUGUGGUCUCUCCGCACACACGCGUCAUCAGCUUGACUGCUCUGACGCCCCCCUGCAUCUGCUGGGAGUCGUGA